AACCCCCUCAAAAACCCCAGGGCCGAACUCCAGCUCUCGCUCGCUCGCUCCCUCCCUCCCUGUCUCUCUCCCCCCGGCUACGACUUCCUUCCAUCUGCGUCUGUGUGCGUUCCUACUGUCUUCUCCACGAGUCCUUGCUUCUUCACUGGAAAAUAGAGGGCGAUAGCAUUUCUGUUCAAGGCAUUCUGAGCCCUAAUUCUUCAUUCCCACUUUGAGAGGAAUUUUUUUGGGGCGUUUUUAUGUGGAUGGUGAUUGUAUAGAGACGCCGAUGGCUUCAUUGUUUAAGGACCCUGGCAAGCUUUCAGCAUAUCGGGAUCGAAGGUUUCCUGGUACACAAGAAGAAUUUGAUAUUGCACUUCAAACAUCAACCACUAUUUACAUUGGGAACAUGUCAUUUUACACCACUGAAGAACAAGUUUAUGAGCUUUUUUCUCGUGCUGGAGAGAUAAAAAAGAUCAUUAUGGGCUUGGAUAAAAAUACUAAAACACCUUGUGGCUUUUGCUUUGUCAUAUUUUACUCUAGAGAGGAUGCUGAAGAUGCUGUCAAAUAUAUAAGUGGAACAAUCCUUGAUGACCGCCCCAUACGUGUUGAUUUUGACUGGGGUUUCCAGGAGGGAAGGCAAUGGGGCCGUGGACGAAGUGGUGGUCAGGUUCGAGAUGAAUAUCGUACUGAUUAUGAUCCAGGCAGAGGAGGAUACGGUAAAUUAGUCCAGAGGGAGUUGGAAGCACAAAGGCAGCUGGUGGAUUAUGGCGUAGGAUCUUUAGGGGCCUUCCAACCUGUUCUUUCUGCACCAUAUGGUAGGCAAGGUGGAGGUCAAGGUCAUGGGAGUUCUUAUCGACAUGGUAGAGACUAUGGCCGCAAGAGGCACAGAGAAGAUGAUAGACCAGCUUCAGAAAUGUCGAGGAGAAAUUCAGAUCAGGAACCAAGACCGGAGAAAAAUCCACGUUUCCGUGAAAGUGGCGACUCUGAUGAAGAUGAUGAUGACCAUGGAAGGCGGUAGAUUUUUCUGCGUCUGCCAGAAAAAAAAUGCUUUAUUAGACCAAAUUGUUGUAAAGCAAUGCAACAAUAUGUUCGCAGGAUGACAAUACCUCUAGUGAAAGCUUAUUCAGCUCUUACAUUCUGCUCCUCACUCUCUGAAACUGUUUGCUGAAACAAAAUCUUUAGCAUGUUGGUUGUGUUGCUGCUGUAUUGGCGGUGCCUUCUUGAUUCUUCCUGUUAAAUGGAAUAUGACGGGGACGAUAAAGGCCAAUUUUUUUGUGUUUAAUCUAAAGGUGGAUAAAGCUCGGAGUUUUAAUUUUA